AAUGACUAAAUGCAAUAAUAUCUGUUGGAAUCCAGACGAUGUAUACUUAGCUUUAAUUGGAGGGUGUUUGAUAGGAGUGGCAACAAGCAUCCACUACAUGUUGAUGGGUAGAGUGACAGGGUUUAGCGGAAUAUACUAUAGUUUGAUAACCUUUGAUAAAGGAAGCUGGAAUUGGAAAUUAAGUCUUAUGAGUUCUGUAAUGUUAGCAUCAUGUAUAAUGUUUAAAAUUUAUGACUAUGGGUAUAAUAAUUUAAACUAAUUUAGAUCAUCAUCUAUUUUGAAUGGAGCAUCCCCAUCAUAUAACACAGAGUAAAUGUUGACAGGAAUUGGUUGGGGAGGAAGUGUCUUAAGUGGAUUUUUAGUAGGUUUUGGAACUAAGAUGGGAAAUGGCUGUACAAGUGGACACGGAGUCUGUGGAUUGCCUAGAUUGUCAAUGAGGUCAUUUGUAGCUGUAUGCACAUUCAUGGGGAUGGGAUUCAUAACUGCUACUUUCAGAUAUUGGGGUAUAAAUAACUAAUGAGUUUUACUUUUAGUCAUUAAUAAAGACUUCUAUGGUCCUUUUAAUAACAUCAUUCCUAUUGGAGACUAUCCAAUAAUAUCUACAGUAUUUUUAUGCGCAAGCGUAGCACUCAUAGUGUUAUCUUUUGUGUUAUAAAAGAUAUAAGAUUAAUCAAAGAUUAUUGAUGUUGCUGUAGCAUCUCUAACAGGAUUCAUUUUUGGACUAGGAUUGGUUAUUUCAGGAAUGGUUUAGAGAUUGAAAAUUAUAAGCUUCUUAACAAUUAGUAAUAUCUGGGAUCGUAAUCUAUUAUUAUAUCUUUAGCAAGUCUAGCUUUUGUAAUGAUUACAGCUGUGGGAGUUAAUUUCAUCACUUUUAGAAUUUUGGACAAACCAGUAUUUAAUACAAAAUUCGAACUUCCCACUAACAAAACAGUUGAUUUGAAGCUUAUUCUUGGAGCUGCUUUAUUUGGAAUGGGAUGGGGAAUUGGUGGGUUAUGUCCUGGACCUGCCAUUGCACUAUAUCCUGAGUUCACAAUUUAAAUUGGAAUAAUAUUUAUGAUAUUUUUAGGAGUUGGACAAAUAACUGCCAACUAUGUUGUUGAAAGAACCAAAGAUGUAGAAAUAAUGUCGAAACCAUUGUUAUGAUU